CUGACCAAGCUGCACCAGUUGGCAAUGCAACAGUCACACUUUCCAAUGUCUCAUGGCAACACUGGAUUCAGUGGCAUUGACUCCAGCUCUCCAGAGGUGAAAGGCUAUUGGGGUUUGGAUGCCUCUGCUCAAACCACCUCCCAUGAACUCACCAUUCCAAACGAUCUGAUUGGCUGCAUCAUCGGGCGUCAGGGCGCCAAGAUCAACGAGAUCCGCCAGAUGUCCGGGGCGCAGAUCAAGAUUGCCAACCCCGUGGAAGGAUCUACUGACCGGCAGGUGACCAUAACUGGAUCUGCAGCGAGCAUCAGCCUGGCCCAGUAUCUAAUUAAUGUCAGGCUCUCCUCGGAGACCGGGGGCAUGGGCAGCAGUUAGGGGGGCCCCGGACCCCCCCCAGCCUCGCCAUCCAUCUGCGGCCCCUUUAGCACCGACCCAGGUUUUAACUAGUUUGUACAUUUUCGGUUCCUCCAGCCUCGCGCCACUCACCAGGUUCAGUUUGUUUCAUUUUUGUUCUGGUUUUUGUUUUUGGGGUUUUUUUUCGGGUUUUUUUGAAUUAAAAGAUAAAAGCAUUUUAAUUCCUUUCGUUCAGCUCUCUUAAAAAAAAAAAAAAACUGCUGAACCCCAAAUCUUAGUUUUAUAAAGCUUCUCCUCUCCUCCGCCCCUUUCCCGCACCUCCCCUCCCUUUCUCCCCCCCCCCUCCUUUUUUCGGCUCAUGAAGUUUCUGUUUUUGUCAUAAAAUGUUAAGAGUGGAAAUUAAAAAAAAAGGCAAAAAAAACCCAAACCCACAAAAAAGAAAAAAACACACAAAAAAAAAACCAUUUCAGUUUAGUUCUGUAACGUCAGGAAAUUUUUCAAAAAAAAACUGAAUAAAAAGAUGGACUGGAGCUUUUCCUUGUGAAUAGAACCUGCAGGAUAUUUUGGUUAAUGGA